UGUGCGUGAUAAAAAUAAACACGUUUUCGCUAAAAAGAAAUACUAAUCGCAAACAAAGAGACUGCUAAUAUUUUCCGUCAUCACUGUCCCAUGAUGGGUCUACCCGACCGAGGAAUACCCGAGGACAAGCUCCCGCAGUGUUGGUACGACGAUGUCCGAAUGAACGCACUCUUCGCCCCGUUUCGUUUAAAAACCACCAACCCUGAGUCCUGGGACAUGAAGAUGAAGUUCUGGUCUGAUAUGCUCAGGCAGUGGUGUAAGCACAGAAAGGACCCUAUAGUGUCUCCUGCAGACGCAAGAGCAGCGUUCCAAAGAAAAGGACGCACUCCGGCCUGUCUUGAUAUUGUCAUCGAAGAAAUGUUUCGAAGCGGAGAGCUUUGUCCAAUAUCAAAAUAUCAACGAAUUCUUCACAACGGGACCGAGGGCUGGGUACGUUGGACAGCUCGACUUGCUCUCAAACCUGCUGCACUUGCUCUCACAGCUGUCUCCUCAUUUCUGCCUGCACGGCAAACUCUGGAUAAUGAUGGAUUGCCUAAAGCUAGUAUAGAAUGCACACAGAGGUUCCUACUUGAAGGAUCGGUCAAGGAGCUAGCAACAGAACUACUUCACACAAACGUACCUGAAAUAGACCGAAUCGGUACUAUAGAAGAAUUAAUGAAGAACUUUGAGUAUCAAGGUGGCAGAGAAGUCUUCGAAGUGCUGCUCGGUUGGCUGGUAGCUCAGGGUUAUGCAGUAAAAAAAGAUGAGGUUAUUAAACUGGCUGAACCAGAUAAGAAAGCCACCCCCGUGACAGAGUCAGAUGAAGCCCUUGUGAAGCUAGUCACAGCUGAGAGGCACUUGCAUGCAGACUCAACAAGACUGUCCCGAGAACUAGCAACUAUUGAGAAUGAUGCUCGAGCUGCACUUCAGUUAGGUAAUAGGAUUGCGGCCAAGAAUCAUCUGAGACGUAAGCACAAAGUGCAACGGAAACUGGAACAGUGCACGAAAGCUCUGGAAAACGUACAGAACUUACUACAGCAGAUGAGGGAUGUACAUUUCAAUGCAUCAAUUGUCGAUACUUACAAGACAACAUCAGAAGCUAUGAAGCGAGGAUUAAAAGACAACGGUCUUGAGGUGGAUACAGUUCACGACACGAUGGACGAUCUGAAAGAGGUAAUGGAUUCAUAUAGUGAGAUGGAGAGAGCACUUGGUACAACAAUAGACGACACCGAUGCAGCUGAGCUUGAAAGAGAGCUUAAAGAAUUGCUGUCGGGACCGUCGGCGCCUGGUGGUGGAACUCCCGGGAAGGAGGGGGAAGUUGGAGCAACGCAGAAGCCGGUCAGAAAGACAUCGGAACGAGAAUUCAUCUUUGAUGGCGAAGAGAGAAUGCUGGCAGAACUGAAUGACCUGGGUAUAGAGGAGGCAAGUCCCAGUGGAAAGGCAGAGAAGGAUAAAGAGAACAGAGUCAGGAGAAAGAUUGCAGUACCCGAUGGAGACUGGGAGGAGAAAGAGAAGGAACCCGCAAACGAUUUGGAUAGUGCGAAGCAAUCGAAGCCCUGGUACCCGCGCUUUGAGGAGUGUCUUAAAACGGACGCGGCUUGGCGGGACGCGGACGCCGCGCACGAGAUACGAACCGACGAUAGACUUCAUCCGGGUCAGAAGCUGGAUGUGGAUUACACGAAGCCCCCUCGGCUGUACAACUCUGACUUCGCCGUGAAGGACCACCGACUGGAGGCCGGGGUGUGGCUCUACAACAGGCGGGACGCCGACGACUUCGCCUGCAGCACGGAGUUCUUCAGUUCCGAGAGUCCCGGGAAAGCUGCGGUUGGUGGCUUCCAAAUGGCUCCCGGGGGCGAGAGGAAGAAGUCACAGCUCUCGCCUGACGAGGAGACCCCGGACGAGGAAUUGGAACGAAGAUUGAAGAAUCUAAGGGGCUUUAAUUAGUAAACGUAUGUAGUCGAAGGACAGAACGAAUGUUGCCAUAGAAAAAAAAUUUUUUUUUUUUUUAAAUCAAUAUCUAUGUAUAUGUCGAGGGGUGAAAGGUUGUUUGGUUGAAGCGAUAUUUUUGCAAUAUUACAGUAGAGCCAUUUAAGGGCUUGUGCACACCAGGUUUUUUUAACACUACACACCACGCUUUUAUUCUACAGAGCGGUUUGUUGUCGUUUGUAUCGAUACAAACGCGAUACUGACGCGCGUCUGUAUCGAUAAAAACGCGCGUCGACGCUGCGUUUAAAAAACCGUGGUGUGCACACGUCCAAAAGUUUGAAAUUUACAAAAAGUAUCAUAACAAAAAAAAUAUA